AUGACAACUAACGGCGCCACCAACGGAAGCAGCGACAUGCUGCAGAUCCAGUUCGGUCUCAUCAACUGCGGCAACAAAUACCUCACCGCCGAGACGUUCGGCUUCAAAAUCAAUGCCUCGGCCUCGAGCAUGAAGAAGAAGCAGAUUUGGACCCUGGAACAGAGCGGCGACGACUCCAGCGGCAACGUGUUCCUCCUCAAAUCACAUCUGGGCCGAUACAUUGCCACCGACAAGGACGGCAACGUGACCGGCGACAGCGAGAUACCGGGCCCCGAGUGCCGCUUCGUCAUCACGGCGCACGACGACGGCCGCUGGUCACUGCAGUCCGAACCCUUCGGCCGCUACCUGGGCGGAACCGAGGACCGCAUCAUUUGCUUCGCCCAAACCGCGUCCGUGGCGGAAAAAUGGAGCGUGCACAUCGCCAUGCACCCGCAGGUGAACAUCUUCAGCCUGACGCGUAAACGCUAUGCGCACCUGAGCUCCAAGGUGGACGAGAUUGCCAUCGACAGGGACGUCCCGUGGGGCGUGGAUUCCACCAUCACGCUGGUGUUCCGAGAGCAGCGCUACCACCUGCAGACCUCAGACAACCGCUUUCUGCGGAACGACGGCGCGCUGGUGGCCACCACGGACAAGAGCACCGGCUACACGCUGGAGUUUCGCUCCGGCAAGGUGGCCUUCAGGGACUGCGGCGGCAAGUACCUGGCGCCGUCCGGGCCUUCCGGCACCAUGAAGUCCGGCAAGAGUGCGCGCGUGGGCAAAGACGAGCUCUUCCAGCUGGAGCAGAGCCAUCCGCAGGUGGUCCUCACCGCGGCCAACGAGAGGAACGUCUCCACCCGUCAAGGUAUGGACCUGUCAGCCAAUCAAGAUGAGGAAGGAGACCAAGAAGUCUUCCAAGUGGAGAUCUGCCGCGAAAACAGGAAGUGCGCGUUCCGCACCGCCGCUGGGAAAUACUGGACACUCACUGCCAACGGAGGCCUGCAGUGCACAGCCUCCACCAAGUCAGCUAAUUGCUACUUUGACAUCGAGUGGCGUGGGAAGAGGCUGACUCUGCGGGCCGCCAAUGGGAAAUAUGUCGCCGCCAAGAAAAACGGCCAGCUCGCAGCCACCAUUGACUCUGCUGGAGAGUCCGAGGAGUUUCUCAUGAAGCUGAUCAACCGCCCCAUCAUUGUCCUGCGCGGUGAGCACGGCUUCAUCGGUUGCAGAAAGGUGACCGGAACCCUGGACUCCAAUCGUUCCUCCUACGAUUACUUCACGCUGGAGUUCAGAGAUGGAGCCUACAGCCUGCAAGACUCCACCGGCAAGUACUGGAUGAUCGGGAACGAGCAGGCAGUGGUUAGCAGCAGCGACACACCCGUCGACUUCUUCUUUGAGUUCUGCGACUACAACAAGCUUGCUAUUCGCCACGCCGGCGACGGCAAGUAUCUCCGCGGCGACCACGCCGGCGUACUGAAGGCCAACGCGGAUGACCUGGAGACCGCCACACAGUGGGAGUAUUGA